CAGGCUCUAAAUACAUUGGAUUAUCAACAGAAGUGAACGAAUCUACACCUACAUCAAUCCAUGACUGCAUUCGUCAGUCAUGCAUGGUGAAUCCAGGAAGCUCUCUAUCAUUAGAAACCCUGUGAUGUAACAUUACGUCGAUUUGACCAUUGCUUGGUCAAGUGUCGAAUUCUACUCUCACAUCGAGUUUGUAGCUCGUGACACCGGCGGAUCAUUUGACAGCAAUUACCACUCCUUAUUCACAUGGUAGAUUGGACAGCGAAAGGGUGAACAAUAUAGGUUGGAUUGCAUAAUUUAUCUCAAGAUCCGUCAGACGCUAUAGCUUGCCUGCUGGAAAAUAAUCCUUAUGAUUUAACUAUUAUGUUUACAACGUUCGUCUCCAGGAAGGUAGCAGAAAAGAAUUCUUGCAUUCGACAAGUGAUUGUUGCCGUAACUUAGAAAUGAUACAUAUUUCUCAACGCAAUCUGAAAGAUCAAUAACUUUUGACAAGCAUUUUUUUUUACAGACUAUGCCGUGAUCGGAUUCAGGAAACUCUCCUUUGUGAAAACCACGCCCUCGAUCGAAGAAUAGUUUACUCGGAACUAAACAGUGAUCCGUUGUGCUUUUUUUUUUACAACAGUACGACUUUAAACUUCACCGACCGAAGUGAAUACAGGCGGUUGUUAACUUAUAUAUAAAUCAUCGCAAUUUGAAACUUUAUUCUGACAUCCGUAAUUGAUGUGACCCCACAGCAACCCAACAACAACGCUCGGUAAACAUUCUACCUUUUAAAUUAUCCUGUAAACUGUUGGUUUGAUUACAUUCAAAAUGGCGGAGUAUGUGGAUGCGAACUUGACAACGGGCGACAACUCGUCGACGGGAUCGCGAGGUUGUUCUGUCGACGUCAGCUCGGCAAGGGAAGAGAUGGAGGUACUGAGAUCAGUAGGAUGGGGUAUAGCCUUACUCGUCACCAUGACUGCGCUAUCCUGUGCUACAGUCGGCAUGUUUCUACAUUCGUGGGUUCGGAUCAGGCGACAGGUCCCUUACGGAAAUCGGAGGAUUUUUCUUGUUCGUCUGUUUGCGCUUUUCCCGGUCUUUUCAGUAACUUCUUUGGCUGGCUUCUAUGUCCCCAGAGCAUCGCUUAUAGCAAACUGGGGAUCUAGUUUGUAUCUGUCGGCGACUCUUUACACGUUCGUUCUCCUGAUCGUCGACUACUAUGGGGGCGUGGGGCCUAUGGAGGACCAUCUCGAUGGGAUCAAGGUCUCCCUCUCUGCCCCGCCCCUAACAUGCUGCUGCCCGUGCUUGCCAAAGAUCAGUUUCACCAUGACGAACUUUCAUCGAAUGAGAAUGCUGGUCUUACAGACCGCUUACAUCAGACCACUUUGCGUGUUUCUUGGUGCUGUGUUGUGGGCUGACGGUAUCUACAAACCAUCCAUAAUUGAAGCCGACUCAGCCUUCGUCUACCUGAGCGUCAUCACUCUCGUAUCGUCCCUGGUCGCUGUCUACGGCCUCUCCGUCAUCUACAACGCCACGUACAACCAGCUCCAGCACUUCAUGAUCUCCGUCAAGUUUGUCACCAUCAAGUGCGUGCUCAUUAUCACCAACGGGCAGAACCUCGUCAUCGCCAUGCUCAUCGCCAAGGAUGUCAUCCCGUGCGUCGGACCCCUCGACUCGGCCGCCAGGGGAGCGUUCCUCUACAACAUGCUCGUCAUCUUCGAGAUGUUUCUCAUGAACUUCUUCUUCAAGAUCUACUACUGGCGAUGGAUGGUCAAGCACGAGUACGGCCACCGCUUCGUAUCGGCCUCGGUCGGUGAAAUCACCGACAUCAAGAACUUCGAAGCAAACGCACCCAUGAACGUCAUGAACGAGCGCAUCAACGGGUCAUUGUCGAAUGUCUCGAAGUAGGGCUCGUUUAAGAGUGAGACGGUCGUAUGAUGACGGUGAAGCUAUCGUCUGAGAGUAUGGACUACUCAGUGGCGGAUCCAGGGCCCCCCCCCCUUGAGAAAAAAACCAUGUAAA